AUGAUCUUACAAUUUAUUGGUAUUCGUGGAACCUGCAGAAUCUCAAAUGUUACUCACCUGGUCCAUAAUCUGAGAGCAUUAAACAAGUACAGUCCUCUUGGCACUACAAGACAGGUUCAGAACAUUUAUCGACGUCCAACGAUUGCGCGUCACGAAGAGUUCAACAGUAAAUUGUUCAUUGCAAAGAGAGCAUUCUGCUCUAAAAGUCAAUUCACCUACAGCAAAGUCCUACCACAAAUUCCGCGUCGAGGCUUCAACAAUGGGCCCCGUCCAGCAUUUGCAUCUUACAGAAUAAGCCCAAUAUUUGGACUUUUGGCAUUUGUAGGAAUUAUAGCAAUUGUAUUCGUAGUACUGCCGUUCGUGUUCACCGUUUUCUUCCCCUUGAUCAUUGCUGGUAUAGCUGCGUAUCAAUAUAAAAAAUGGAAAAACAGUAGGCUCCUGAACGAGUUGUAUCACAGCCUACAGGCCUCCAGAACGAAGAUCGAUUAUAAAUCAAUAUGGGGUCUUCAAGCCAGAAUGUUUGAAUCUCUGCUGGAGAAAGAGAAGUUUCCUUCCGACAUGUUUCGCGGAGUCAUGGACGAGAUCAAGAUACAGAAAAUGAAUGGGGCCGAAUCGCAGAGAAAGGCCGACGAUGUGUUGAGUUAUCUGAAUUCCCGAGUCCUUGAUGCUUUUAAAGACAAUGAACUCGGGCUGCGAGACUAUUUUUUGGGCAGUGAUGUGACAAACUGGGUUGAAAACGGUUAUGAGUUGAGUAUCACUUACGAAUCACCUCAGAUUCGAGCCAAAAGUAUGAAUGGGUCGGUUGUGACAACCAUCGCUUAUCCAAUCUACCUUUUAUCUUCGAACCAAGAUUCUAAAUUGCUUGCUGAGGCUAUUAUCGCUUUUCAAGACAACCGGAUGAUAGGCCAACUUGGACCUUUUCAAUAUCUCGAAGACCUGUCCAGUGAAAAUAAGGAAUGCCCGAUGGUAAUCAGCAUUAAGCCGAACCGCACUUUUCUUGUCAAACAGUUUAUACUGCAAGACCUUGGUCGGGACUUAAAUGAGCGGCCUACCUAUUAUGUUAAAAAGACGAGCGACGGCCACCGAGAGUACAUCCACAGGGGAUAG